AUGGCUACUGCAGACUUCGACAGGUCGGAGCCUCUCCCUCUUAUGGGAUUUAUUGCCGUGGAGGUCAAGAUCCAUCGCCCUGCAGGAGAUCCAUUCAAUGAGAAGACCUGGCCGUUCCCUCUCUUGCGGGAGAUAGCACCGGGGUCGACUGAGUCUCAGAUAGUGACCAGCGACAAAUAUGACAGCGACUUCAUUGAUCGCUUCGUCGAGACUGGCAAAAAGCUUGCAGACCGAGGAUGCGUUGGGCUCCUUACGAGCUGCGGUUUCCUUUGCAAUGCCCAGCCCGAACUGUCGGCUCGUCUGCCGAUUCCGAUUGCCACAUCUUCUCUACUCCAGCUGCCAUCUGUCCUGAGUUUGCUUCCUGUCAACAAAUCCGUUGGUGUGAUCACUUACAACGGUGACAACCUCGGCCAAAAGCAUCUGGAGUCCCUUGGGAUCAUACAUUAUGCUCCUAGGAUCCAGAUUCGCGGUCCUCCUGCGGAUGGUCCGCUGAGAAAGCUGAUGGUUGGCCUAGGACCUUACAUCCACGCCCAGGUGGAAGCCGAGUUGGUCGAGGUAGCCGUCGGGCUGCUCAAGGACUAUCCUGACAUAGGAGCAUUCGUGCUGGAGUGUACUCAGAUGCCGCCUUUCGCGGAAGCUAUCCAGAAGGCGGUUGGGAACAUCCCCGUUUACGAUGUCUACACCAUGGCAACAUGGUUCUACUCUGGUCUGGUCCGACGGAGACCCAAGAGAUGGGGCAAUAUUGAUACUUGA